ACGUUAAUGUAGAUUAAGGAUUAAUGUUUGCGUAAAAUGGAAUUUUCUAGUAUAUCUAACCUCCAUCAUUUUAAUUGUUCACAGAUGUUUAAAUAUCCGUAUUGUAAAACUCAAGAUGAAUAUUCCACUCUAGUGCACUAUUUUCUUCAUAUUUCUGUGGUCGUCUAUGAGUAACGCCGAAAACAGCAGACGACAAACAGUGGGUCUUCCUUAGUCACAAAUGAAUCACAAAAAUGUAUUUACAAAAAUAAUUGUAAGACUAACUUUAAAUGUAGAUUUCUGCAUCUUUUUUCCUUCUUCAUCCAGGUCUUCAUCUUUUAGUAAAAUACCCCUGUAGUCUUGUAUACGAAACUAGUCUAGUCACGUCACUGGACUCUACGUUGUUUAGUCAACAUGGCGGAGCCGCAAGUGUUUGAGCUGCGUUGUGGUGUGAUGACUUAUGCAUGGGGCAAAAUUGGUGCUGAUAGUGAGGUUGCAAAACUUAAAGCCAGUGUUGAUCCCACAUUUAAGAUUGACCCCACUGAAAAGUAUGCCGAGUUGUGGAUGGGAACACAUCCCAACUGCCCAUCCUAUGCAGUUAGAAAAGGGAAAGAGGAUGUGGCACUACUAGACUGGAUUGAGGCCAACCCAGACAGUCUUGGACAGAAGGUUAAGGAUUACUUCAAAAUGAAGCUGCCAUUCCUGUUCAAAGUGCUAUCAGUCAGGACAUCACUUUCCAUCCAAACUCACCCAAAUAAGGCAGAUGCUGAGGAAUUAUUUAGGAAAAGGCCUGACUUAUACAAAGAUGACAACCAUAAGCCAGAGCUUGCUAUUGCUCUGACCCCUUUUGUUGGGCUUUGUGGUUUCCGUCCUAUUACCGAAAUUGCAGAUUACUUUCAGAGAAUUGAAGAACUGCGGAAUGUUGUGGGACCACAGCUUUGUGUAAAGCUUAUGACCAACAGCCGCAGCUUGACUCCCCAAACUCACUGUGAAGCUAUGAGAGCAACAUUUUCGGGUCUUAUUGAGAAGGAGAAGGAGACAGUUAAGAUUGAGCUAGAAAAACUUGUGAAAAAAGUCCAAGCAAUGAAGAAGAAGGGUGAGGAUAUAUCACCCUACGUUGGUGACAUUUUGUUGAAGCUGCAUGAAGAGUUUCCUGGGGAUGCAGGGGCAUUUGCCAUUUAUUUCCUAAACGUUGUGAGACUGCAGCCAGGAGAAGCAAUGUUCCUGCGGGCAAGAAUCCCACAUGCAUACUUAUCAGGUGACUGCAUGGAGUGCAUGGCAUGCUCAGACAAUGUUGUGAGGGCAGGACUGACUUUCAAGUAUAUAGACAAACACACGCUAGUCUCAAUGCUGGACUAUGUGGGCUACCCGAUGAACCGCAUGAAAUUUGUUGGAGUGGAGGAUGUAAAUGACAUCACAGUUACCUCCUUUCAUCCCGCUGAUAUUGUGGACUUUGGUGUAGCAAAAUACGAGGCACCACCUAAAGUGAAAGAGUUCCGAAUGGCCCCUUUACAAAGUGCCAGCAUCUCCAUUGUCAUACAGGGAAAAGGAAAGGCUAGUAACAGUACCCUACCAGAUCCCAUUGAGCUGCGUCGUGGUACUGUGUUUUUUAUGGCUGCCAUGCAGGAGGUUACCAUAAAUCUUGCAGACGAGGGCAUGCUGCUGUUUCGAGCAUAUUCUACAAUCUAAUAGUAACUAGCAUGAUGUUGAUGCCAUUGCCCUUCUAAUAAAAACAAAGCCUGGGAUAUACUUGAUAAGAAUCAUUGCUGUGCACUUGUGAGCUGUUUAUGCCGAAAAGUCAGCAUUGCCUAUUCUCUUUAACUGCAAUGAUCAGUUUAAAUUUUAUAUUUGUGGGUUGCUCUUUUCUUUAAGACUUUUCAUGAGCUUGAGAGUGUCUUAGAUGGGCAUAUCUUUCUUCUCAAAUGAGUAGAUGCCUUUUAUUUCUAGUCUUGAAGUAAAAGUAAGUCAGCAAUAGCA